UAUAAUGUAAUAAAGAGCUAAAGGCAGCCCAGCCACCUAACCCAGGACUGAAAAUCAAGCACCUUGAUGAGCCACACCCAUCGAUAACCACUAACCAAACAAAAAAAAAAAACCCCACCAUGGAUGAUACAUCAGCCAAGCCGCGCAACCUGGGCGGGUCGCUGCCCGUCCCCAACGUGCAGGACCUCGCCGCGCGCCCCGCCGACGAGCUCACGCCGGCCGUCCUCCACCGCUACCUCCGCGGCGCCGACGCUCCAGCGCUCUCUGCUGCCACCGUCACGGUGCCCGUCGUGGACCUCGGCAGGCUGCUCGACCCGUCGUCGUCCAUGGAUAUUGAGGCCGCCAGCCUGAGGGCCGCCUGCGAGGACUGGGGCUUCUUCCAGGUCGUCAACCACGGCGUGCCCGACGAGGUCAUCCACGACGUCAGGGAGGACCUCAAGGCCUUCUUCCAGCUCCCGCUCGCGGAGAAGCAGGCCCUUGCGCAGGGGCCCGGCGGGAUCGAGGGCUACGGGCAGGCCUUCGUCGUCUCCGAGGACCAGAAGCUGGACUGGGCCGACAUGCUCUUCCUCUCCACGCUGCCGCCCGAGUACCGCUCCCUCAACUUCUGGCCUUCCCGCCCCGCCACUUUCGGCGGCUCGCUCCAGCGCUACGCCGCGGAGGUGCAGCGGGUGGCCGCCGGCCUGCUCCGAGCCAUGGCCAGGAACCUGGGCGUGGCGGACACGGAGGAGAUGACGAGGAUCGCCGCCGCGCAGGGCAUGCGGAUCAACUACUACCCGCCGUGCCCGCAGGCGCACGACAAGGUGCUGGGCCUGUCGCCGCACUCCGACGCCGUCGGGCUCACGCUGCUGCUGCAGGCGAGCCCCGUGGCCGGCCUGCAGAUCAGGCGGGAGGGCGCCUGGAUCCCGGUGGAGCCGCUGCCGGGGGCCCUGAUCGCCAACGUCGGCGACGUCAUCGAGGUGCUCACCAACGGCAGGUACAAGAGCAUCGAGCACAGGGCGGUGGUCAACGCGCGCCACGAGCGGAUCUCCGUCGCCGCCUUCCACACCGCCAUGUUCGGCGGCACGUACGGGCCGCUGGAGGAGAUCAUCGUCGGACAAGGCGAGGCGCCGCGCUACAGGACCGUCGGCGUCGAGGACUACGUAAAGCUCGUGCUGUCCAGCAAGCUCGAGGGAAAGAACAUCAUGGACGCCAUGAAGAUCAACAAUGCUCCUUGACAAACACCUACCAUGCCCUUGGAUCCUUUUUUCUUUUCAGUUGUGAUGAUAUAUAGCUCCAUUUCUGAAUAAUCCUAAUGGGGAAUUACUGUUAGUGUCAA